AUAAAAAGAGUCUGGCAACCAUGGACGUUUGUUUUGUUCGGAUUAAAUUUAAUUUUUCAACGAAAACAAUCGUUUUUCUUUCCUCAUAAAAUAAAUUCAAUAACUCUGUAAGAAUGUCACUUGCUGAUGAAUUACUCGCUGAUCUUGAAGAUGACAAUGAUGAUGGAGAAUUGGAAGAGUUGAUUAAAGAGAAAACUCAAAGUGAUGAAGAAGAUAUGAAAAAUGAGCCAGAAGAUGAAGAAAUGGAAGUUGAUGAAAAAAUAGAAGUUGAUUUAAAGGUAGACUCAGUCAGAGAUCUUUGUAAAUUAAGAGAUUCUGAACGACUUAAGACUGUUUUGGCUGCAAUUGAUAAGUUUGUAAUGAAACCAAGAUCAACAUCAGAAAUGAUUGGAAAUCUUGAAAGCGAUCCAGAAUACCAACUGAUUGUUGAAGCUAAUAACGUUGCCGUAGACAUCGAUAACGAAAUUUCAUUGAUUCACAAGUUCACCAAAGACAAAUAUCAAAAACGUUUUCCCGAACUAGAUUCAUUGAUCAUGACCGAGAUGGAUUACAUUAAAGCUGUGAAAGAGUUGGGAAAUGACUUGGAUCAAGCAAAAAAUAAUGAAAUGUUGCAACAAAUUCUUACUCAAGCAACAAUUAUGAUUGUUUCUGUAACUGCUUCAACCACUCAAGGACAAAAACUCACAGAAAAGGAAUUGGGACAAAUCAAUGAAGCAUGUGACAUGGCAAUUGAAUUAAACAACUUUAAGAUCAAGAUUUUUGAUUACGUUGAAAGUAAAAUGACAUUUAUUGCACCAAAUCUUAGCGCCAUUGUAGGAGCUUCAACUGCUGCUAAACUUGUUGGACUUGCUGGUGGACUGACGAAACUGUCUAAAAUGCCAUCUUGUAAUUUGCUUGUUCUCGGUCAACAAAAGAAAACUUUAUCUGGAUUUUCUAAAGUCACAAUGCUACCACAUACUGGUUUUAUUUAUUAUUCUGAAAUCGUUCAAGAUACAACACCAGAUUUGAGAAGAAAAGCUGCUCGUUUAGUUGCCAACAAAGCUACACUUGCAGCACGUGUUGAUGCGUCACAUGAAGCAGUGCAUGGUGAAAUUGGUCAAGCAUUUCGAGAGGAUAUUGAAAAGAAGUUAGAUAAACUACAGGAGCCGCCGCCAGUUAAGUUCAUUAAACCAUUACCGAAACCCCUUGAAGGUGGAAAGAAGAAACGAGGCGGCAAAAGAGUGAGAAAGAUGAAAGAACGUUACGCGGUUACCGAAUACCGAAAACAAGCGAACCGUAUGAACUUUGCUGAAAUUGAAGAUGACGCUUAUCAAGAUGAUCUCGGUUAUACACGGGGAGCAAUAGGGAAGAAGAGCACGGGUCGUAUUCGAAUGCCACAAAUUGAUGAGAAGACAAAAGUUCGCAUCAGUAAAACUUUACAGAAAAAUCUUCAACGACAAAAUCAAGUGAUUGGAACCACAACCACAAUUAAGAAACACGUUUCAGGAACAGCUUCAUCUGUCGCAUUUACACCUUUACAAGGACUUGAGAUUCACAAUCCAGGUGCGGCUGAAAAAACAAUCAGCGAAGCAAAUCUGAAAUAUUUUUCAAAUACAAGUGGAUUUAUGAGUGUCGGUAAGAAGUCGAUGUAAAGUAACUCUCGGGUUAAAAAUUAAAAAAAGGAAAAAUAAAAUCACAAAAAUUAAUUGAAAAGCA